AUGUGGAAUUCUAUAAAAUAAGCCAUAAAUGGUGAUAAAAAGCAAAAAAAUAAAUCCAGAUCCCCAUAAAAAAUCUAGAAAAUUCAAAAACAGGGUCCAUAGAUUUCUCAAAUAGAUCCAAAACUAUAAAUUCAAAAUGCUUAUAAAAUGAUUGAAUUAGGUAUGAAAUACUAUCAGAAUCAAUAAUAUUCUAUGGCUAAGGUUGUUUUGGUGAACAGUUCCCAAGUGUUGUUACCAGUGAUAAAAGAAAAAAAGUAAAACCAAGAAGACCAUGCCGCUGAAUAUUAAGAAUUAAUAAAAGCAAUUAAUACAGCGGAGAUUUGCACUUAGAAAAUUGACCAAAUUCAAAAAAACUUAGCUUCAUAAGAUCCUUAUUAUAAGUAAAUAAUAGAGACUGCAAUGAUCAGAAAAUGCGAUGUUUCGUUUGAUUAGAUUAUCGGCUUAGAAAGCAUUAAAAAUUAAUUGGAAGAAGUUAUUGUUUUGCCAAAUUUAAGACCUGAUAUUUUCACAGGAAUUCGAGCACCUCCAAAAGGUAUUUUAUUCUAUGGACCACCUGGAAAUGGAAAGACUUUAUUGGCAAAAGCAGUAGCUAACUAAAUUAAAUGUUGCUUUUUCAACGUUAGCGCUUCAACAUUAGUAUAAAAACAUCUUGGAGAAGGAGAAAAAUUGAUGAAGACCUUAUUUAAGGUAGCAUUUUUAUUUUAACCAGCAGUAAUAUUUAUUGAUGAAAUCGAUUCUAUUCUAUCAAGUAGAUCAAGUGAAGAGCAUGAAGCUAGUCGAAGAUUAAAAACUGAAUUCUUAGUUUCAUUUGAUGGAAUGCAAACCACUGAUUAGGAUAGGAUUUUUUUAAUAGCAGCUACUAAUAGACCCUAAGAUAUCGAUGGGGCGGUUCUUAGAAGAUUUGUAAUGAAUAAAAUUAAUUAGACUGUUAAAAUUUUAAUUGAUUAGCCUGAUUAAUAAGCAAGAUUGGGAUUAGUUAGAUCACUAAUGUCUAAAGUGAAUCAUUCUAUUUAAGAUCCAGCUUUAGAUAAAAUAUGUGAAAAAUUGGCUGGUUAUUCUGCCAGUGAUAUUAAGGCAGUAGUUAAAGAGGCUUGUAUGCAACCCUUAAGGGAGGAUAAAAAUGCCAUAGUUGCUAUGUCUGCAUAAAAUAUUAGGCCAGUUAGAAAAGAGGACUUUGAGUUCGCCAUAAAUAAGGUUAAGCCAUCGCUAAAUUAAAAGCAAUAUCAAGAAUAUAUUAGUUUUAAUAAGUCCGAAUAAUGA